AGGGUCGUGGAGGCCACUUGGAGGCGGUUACCGGGAAAAGUUUCGGAAGCAAGAGUUUUCGCGCUGCUUUAGAAAAUGGGAUCCUUCUUUGCGAUCUAAUUAACAAGAUCAAACCUGGCAUCAUUAAAAAGAUCAACCGUCUGUCAACACCAAUAGCUGGACUGGAUAAUAUCAACGUCUUUUUGAAAGCCUGUGAAAACCUGGGAUUAAAAGAAGCUCAGCUUUUUCAUCCUGGUGACCUUCAGGAUUUAUCUAAUCGAGUUACCGUCAAACAAGAAGAAACUGACCGAAGAGUAAAAAAUGUUUUGAUUACCUUGUACUGGCUGGGCAGGAAAGCAGCCCGUAGCCCUUCUUAUCAUGGACCCCAUCUGGAUUUGAAAGCCUUUGAGAAAUUGCUUGGACAAGCUUUGACCAAGGCCCUUGGGGAACCCUACAGCCCCAAACAAAGUGGAAGGGACAGCGGCUACGGGGAUUUUUGGUGCGCUGAUCCGCUUUCAUUGUCUGCCAGCCACAAGCGGGACGAUUCCUUAGACAGCUUGGACUCUUUUGGCUCCAGAUCUUCUACCAGUUUCUCUUCAGAUCUCACUCUGAAAGGCGGCAGUGAAGAUUUUGAGAGUGACACAGAUUCUGAAACCCGCGCCAGAAUGCAUGAUCCUGGGAAAGAUGACAUGUCCUAUCGCCGAGUGGCCUUAAUUGAACCCAAGCCCGCUGCAGAAUUCAACCGUUUCCUGCCCAACAAAGCCAAGCCACCAACUUAUAUGCCAGCGCCUUUAAGAAAGAAGAGAAUCGAGAAGAAUGAAGAUAACAGAAGAAGCUGGGCGAGUCCAGUCUUUACUGAACCGGAUGGAAAUUUUUCGAGCAACCACGGAAGAAUUUUGGGGCCCGGGAUGGAACGCAAGUCAGCAACUUACAUUCUUUCAGACUUCUCCAACUAUUUGGAGGAGGAGGAAGAGGAGGAGGAGGAGGAGAAAACCACGGGAAUCCCAGACAUCGAAACAGAUGAUCUUUACGCUCGCAAAAUAAGUGCUGCUGUAUCAGCUGUAAAAAUCUCCUCUCAUAAAUUUCUCCCUAAGUCUUGGGCUCCGGGCGAAGAGUUGCACUGGAAAAAAGCACAAAGGAUAUCUUUUUCCAAACAGUGGUAUAAGGAAAUUCAAGGAUUCAGUAACAUGGGAGAUGCCGAAGCGGAAGAUGCAAGAGUCCAGCCCAACCAUAGCAUUGCGGACAGCUUGGGUAUCAGAUGCCAAGAAGACUCUCAACCCAUUAAGCCAACAGCUGAAAUGGCUGCAGGCGAGAUGCGUGGCCAUUCCUCUGAGCUGCCAAGCCAGUUUUUAUUUCUUCGAGCCCUGCAAAAAUAUUCCGAGGACUACCUGAAUUCUGAUCAUAGAACCAAAGCUGACCCAUCUUCAGGGCCUCGGCUCAUAACGUGCAGAAAAUCUAAUUACCUUAGGCCAGGCUAUGACCAAAGAAUCCAUGAGAUUAGAGACUUUUAUCCAGAUUUGGAAAACGAUGAUUUGUUUGUCCGUAAGACUGGUGCCUCCCACGCGAAUCCAGUCGUUCUCCAGGAUUUUGAGUAUUUUAGGAGGUCUUGUCAAGAAAGACCUCGUGUUGAAGGAGAAAUUGUUCUUCAGCCCAGAGAUGGGGAAGAUGAAAUAAUUCCAGAUUUAGAAAAAGAUGACCUCACUGUUCGCAAAACUCAACUGCAAAAGAAAGAAGUGCCUAUAUCUGGUGCACCUGACAAGUACCAACCUGCUCUUUUCCCGGAUCCUUGGAGUCUACCCCCAGAAAUUCAGGCCAAAUUUCUAUGCUUGCUGGAGAAGUCCACCCUCAAGAGCGAGAGUGAGCGGAGAGGAAAAGUCUUAUCUCCUUCUUCUUCAAGGCAAAAGAAGGACGAUAUGUUGACCCGAAAAAUGGAGCUGCUCAGCCUAGGAGGCAACGUCCAAUCCAAGAGCUUCUGCCCAGGAGCGUGUAGCAAAGAAGAUAUGGAAAAAUGGGAAGCCAUCAGAGAGGCCAGCAAAACCAGGCAUAAAAAACGGCAAAUGGUUGAAAGGCUGUUGCAAAAGAUUUCCGAGGAACACGGGAGUAAAUCCUUGAAUGACGUCAGUGCAGAUGAGCUACAAACGAUCCGGCAGAUGCGUUACGAAGAGCUCCAGAAAAUAAAAACUCAGCUGCGGGAACAAGACCAACAGUGGCAAGAUGAUUUGGCAAAAUGGAAAAGUAGGCGCAGGAGUCACACCUCGGAUCUGCAGAGGAAAAAGGAGGAAAGAGAAGAAAUUGAGCGAAGGAGUUCGGAAAGCUCGGAGCGGCGCAGCAAAACCCUGAGAGAAAUGCAGAGAGACAGAGAGAGGCGAGAUCAAGCUCCUCUGAGGAACUCUUGGCAGGAGACGGAACAAUUGUAUUUCUCGAACGAUGACGUCUUUCGGGAAGAGAAAGCGUCUCCCAAAGUUGGCGUUCCAACCGAAGCAAACGGAGGCUUGAAAAGGGAAGAUGAUCAUGAGCUGAGGAAACGGAAACCAGAGUGUGGGGUGAAGGAUGAGCCUCUCGUCUCAGUAGACAGCCUGGCCGGAGAAAGGACGGAGUCCCCUUUGCCAAGUUCCCAAUCAUCCAAUGCCCAAACCGGAACUGGUCGGGUUUCAGCCUCCCUAUCAAGGAGUUAUCAGAAGACGGACACAGCCAGGCUGACAUCGGUGGUCACCCCGAGGCCGUUUGGAGCCCCUAUGAGAGGAAUCUCCUCACUUCCCAGGUCCUUUACGAUGGAUGCAACUGUGAAAUACAAUGGAGGACUGGAAGGGCCCAAGAGUGCUCAGUCAGGGCACAGCAGGGGCUCCGAGGCUCAGACAGGAGGAGUUCAAGGCCAAGGCAAGAUGGAGCCCCAAGUUGCAGAAGACAGCAAAACCAGAACAAGCCACUUGCUGGAGGAGCAGAGAAGAGGAACGCCUGAGUUGGAGCCUAAAUCAGAUCAUCACACCAGUUCCAACUCGAUGACUAUCACGUCUUCUGCCCCCAAGGAGAGAACCCUUUCAGCGACUGAGGAGUCAAGACGGCACGAGCAAUACAGUGAUAUGAGAAUCAGUAUAAAUCAGAAACCAGGCAGCAAUCGUAACUUUGGAUUUGCCGUGUCCCAGAAUCCUUCUGGUGUCUUUGUGAAAUCAAUCGAAGAAGGCAGCCCUGCAGAUUUUUGCCAGUUGAAAGUUGGGGAUGAAAUCCUAUCCCUCGGGGGCACCAACAUUUCACACCUGGAGCAGGGCGAGUGGGACACUGCCAUCAACCAGGCCCUGGAAAAUGGAUGCCUCGUCAUGGACGUGAGGCGGCAUGGAAAGAAGGAUUGGGGUAAAGACCAGCCUUUCCCGCCAUUUGCAAGGCACAAAAUCCUCAAUCUUACCAGUAUGGCUACCAACAUUAUAGGUACAUCUGAAAACAAAUGGAUUGAUGCCACAUCCGGAGACCGCACUUCAACGCAAAUUCAACAAAUGUCAGAAAAGGAGGUGCACAGCCAUUUGAAGAAUGAUGGGUCUGAAACAAAAGUCAAUGGAAUGCAAGACGAUACAAGCUCCCGUGAACGAAAAGACACAGAACCUAUUUCUUUGAAAAACUUAAAAAGGCGAUCCCAGUUUUUUGAACAAGGAGCAUCAGGUUCCUUUCACAAUUCAUGGGUGUAUCUUUGUGGAGGCCAGGAACCUGCAAUACUUGACCUCCCUGUCCCACCCAUUGCGGCUUCCAGCCGUUGGACUUGGGAUCAAGAAGAAGAAAGAAAAAGGCAAGAGAAAUGGCAAGCAGAGCAGGAGCGCUUACUCCAGGAGCAGUACAAGCGUGAGCAAGAGAGGCUUAAGGAAGAGUGGCUGAAAGCCCAGCAGGAGGCAGAAAAGGACAUCUCCAGUUACUUAAAAGAGGAACAGACUAACCUGACAUCCCCUUCUAUGACUGGGAGUAUACAGGAAGCCCCAACUUUUUUGUGGGAAAGAAAUGGAAGUAACAGGACUGCUUAUCUUAGUUCUGAAAGAAAUUGGGAAGAGGAAAGCAAGCCGGAGAAUCAGAAGAAAGAUCGUGAGCUAGCGAGAAGCAGCUUACAACAACAAGGAAUGUUACAGGUGGAGCAAAAGAAAAAGUUACAAGAAAUAGAAAAUGGGAAGGAAUGGAAUGGACAAGACACAGUGUACUCUAUCAAGGAACCAAGGUACCGUGAAGAAGCAUCUCAAAAGCUGCUGGUGGAACCAGUCAAGGAGGUUUCAAUGCAAAGAUUUCAGUAUCAAAGACAUUAUGAAUCACCAAGACUCUCCCAUGAGCAAGGAAAGCACUUCAAUGUCGACAGAAAUAAAUCCAGAUCAACUACUGAUUUAGACAAUCCUCAGCCCAGUGGGCUGAAGAAGAAGUUUUCUGAGCAAUCUUGGAAUACCACCAACUCGCUGAAAAGAUCUCAGAAGGAACAGGGCUUGUCAGCCGCUGAGCUGGAAAGGCAGCAGAUCCUUCAGGAAAUGAAGAAAAGGACCUCUCUGCACACGGACAGCAGCUGGAUCCGGCAACGCAACGCCAGCGUUCACAAAGAGCCCUUCAGUCUGACCGGCAAUAGAAUGAGAAGAGGUGAGAGCUUAGAUAACCUUGACUCUUCAAGAACAAACUCCUGGAGACCUCAUUCCUGGAUGAACCAGUCUGCAUCUUCUACAUCUCUGUCAAGCAGCCAAGAGUUUGGCCAGCAUAUUCCUCCAGUGGUGUCCACCUCCAAUCGGGCCUACAUGCGCACCCCAUCUUCCAGUCUUCCCUCCGCUCCCUCUCCAUCUAUUAAAACAUCUUCCUUGCCCCACAUCCCCCCAACGCCUUCUGUUCCUCAAGCUCCAUCGCCAACCUCUUCUCAGUCUGGGACGCAACAGCGCAACAGGUCGGUGAGUGGAAAGCGAAUAUGUUCCAGCUGCAGAAACACUCUGGGCAAAGGAGCAGCCAUGAUCAUCGAAUCUCUUGGCCUUUGUUAUCACUUACAUUGUUUUAAGUGUGUUGCUUGCGAGGGAGACCUCGGAGGAUCACAGGCUGGAGCAGAAGUCCGUAUCCGGAACAGCGAACUCUUCUGCAACAGCUGCUAUCUCAGAUAUAAAACUGGACACACAACCAACAUGUAAUCCGAACCUACGAAGAGAAAGCCUCUGCAACAGACAGAGAAGGAAAUAGCUGCUUCAAAUCUAUAAAUAUUCGGAGUGGGGUGUGUUUUGUAGGACCAGAAGUUUGCCUGUCUAGAUCAUUUAGAAGAUGCACUGCAUCCUUCGUUAAAAAAAAACAACAACCAAUAACCCUAUUCUGAAGUAUUUAUGAGAAAGUCAUCACAUUCUAGAGAGCUGUGCAGAACUUUUGUGAGAAUUACAUUUGAAGACACGCAGAGGUGGUUGCAGUCUUUAUCUCAAGUUAAGCUACGCUUAAGUAAUAUUGCCCUUUCAAAACUGUCCACUUCACUUUAUUCAAUAUCCCUUUGUGCUUUAACGGUGAAAUCCAGUUGGGGAAAUUGUGAAAGAUUCUUUAUCGUCCCGUGUUUGAAAAAUGUAACUCUCCGUGCACCUCAUAAACAGGUUAAUAUAACUGAAGAAUUUUUUUUUUCCUUCUGUUUUCUUUUGUAUUUGUAAAUAAAGUUGCUGAUGCUGCACUUAGACAAAA